ACGGCGCAAAAUCCCCCCCGCCACCGCACCCCGCGACGAUGCUCCCGUGCCGGCCGCUGGUGUCCCCGCCGCUGCCGCGGGCCCUCGCCGCCGCGGUGCCCGUCUCCGUGCGGCGGCUGCCGUCGCCGUCGUCGUGGUCGUCGACGUCGCUGCGCGUGGUGCGGUGCAUGGCCAAGGAGCGGCGGGUGCGGAUGGUGGCGAAGCAGAUCCAGCGGGAGCUGGCGGACAUGCUGACCCGCGACCCCGUCAUGCAGCGCGCCGUCCUCCCCGAGGCCGCCCUCGGCGCCGACCGCUACCUCUCCUCCCUCACCACCAUCGCCGACGUCGAGCUAUCCAACGACCUCCAGGUGUGCAAGGUGUAUGUGUCCGUGUUUGGGGACGAGAGGGGGAAGAAGGUCGCCAUGGCCGGGCUCAAGGACAAGACCAAGUACGUCAGGAGCCAGAUUGGCAAGCGGAUGAAGCUGCGCCUCACGCCCGAGAUACGCUUCAUCGAGGACGAGUCCAUGGAGCGCGGAAGCAGGAUUCUUACUAUACUGGACAAACUAAAGGAGGAAAGGGAGCAGAGAGAAGGUAAUGGCGAAGAAGAAGAUGGAGAAGCUUCAGAUAUGGUAGAAGAAGAAGAUGGUGACUGGGAGGGGGAUGAGCCAGACGAGGAGGACAUAAUUUAUGUAAAAUAGCCCACUCGUUCUCAAAGCUCAGUCACCAUUCGUUCAACUUCAGAGCUCAUCAGUUCUCCUAGAGUUUUCUUCCUUGUCCACCUCAUCGGCAAAGAGCUCCGUGGUAUCACAACAUUUGAAGACCGACGAUAUCUGAAGCGAAUUCAGCGGGCAUAAUAUCGUACCAUGUUCACCAGAUCAGUAUCUGACCUGACCCUCAAUAGGAGACAGUUUCGCUGAUGUCCAUCCUGUUCUGUAUGCUAACCAGUCCCUGUUAUGUCCACCUGUUGCGUGAGUCUAUUCAUGCCGCUGAUUGAACAUGCCUUUCAUUUUUCCAUUUUGUAUCUGGUUUGGGAGCUGUCUUGUACAUCUCCCUUCAAAAUGUUUUGUAGCCCAAAGGCGGGUAGGUAACAUGGACUGUUCGUUCCUUUUUUGGUGGCGGUCCUGUCCUGUAAGAUACAAGAAUUCAAGCUUCCCAUUAUAAAUUGGAAGGGCAAAUUUCCUGCCCUGGUUUUGAAA